AAGCGGGCCGAGCCUGCUCCCUCCUCCGCUGCUGCUCCCUCCCUCCUUCCUUCCUGGCGGCCGGGGCGCCACUGACAAGACCGGGGCGGGAAAAGGGCGGUCGAAGCCGCCGCUGCUGCUGCCGACGACGACGACGAAGGAAGACGACGAGCGCGACGACCAUUACCGCCGAAGAAGGAACACCGCUGCGACCCCUCCGCCCGCCCCUCCUCAGCCAGCCUCCUCCCACAAGCUUCCUCCAUCUUCUUUCUCCACAAGCCGGCAAAAGGGGAGGGGGCCGAGAGAGCCCUUAUUCGGCGAGGCCGGCUCUGUGCCACCCCCGGGCCCAAGGAAGCGACCAGCAGCCCCCCCCCCCGCUCACUGUACGCGCUCACCUCGCGCGCGGAACCGGCACCGGUGAACUGGUGGGAGCGGCCUCGGAGGCUCGGAUGGAAUGAAUCUUCCUUGUUGAAUGCAUCCUGUCUGCUUGGUGGAGUUUACUUGUGGAGACACAUUGUCCUUUGGGUUGAAGCCACUUUGUGGCAGACUGAAUUGUGGAUCCCAGAAUCCCAAGCUGCUUGACGAGGAGGAGACAGCUGAAUCACGUUAACUUGACAUCACAGCCACAAUGGUGCUGUCACAGAGGCAACGAGAUGAACUAAAUCGAGCGAUAGCAGAUUACCUUCGUUCUAAUGGCUAUGAAGAGGCAUACUCUGUUUUUAAAAAGGAAGCAGAGCUUGAUGUGAAUGAAGAGUUAGAUAAGAAGUAUGCUGGACUCUUGGAAAAGAAAUGGACAUCAGUUAUAAGAUUACAAAAGAAGGUUAUGGAAUUGGAAUCCAAACUAAAUGAAGCCAAGGAAGAAUUUACUUCAGGCGGGCCACUCGGUCAGAAGCGAGACCCUAAAGAAUGGAUCCCUCGUCCUCCAGAAAAGUAUGCGUUGAGCGGACAUAGGAGUCCUGUCACAAGAGUAAUUUUCCAUCCAGUUUUCAGUGUUAUGGUUUCUGCUUCAGAGGAUGCCACAAUAAAGGUAUGGGAUUAUGAGACAGGUGAUUUUGAACGAACCCUGAAGGGCCACACAGACUCAGUGCAGGAUAUUUCCUUCGACCACAGCGGCAAGUUAUUGGCCUCCUGCUCUGCAGAUAUGACAAUUAAGCUAUGGGAUUUCCAGGGCUUUGAGUGCAUCAGAACCAUGCAUGGUCAUGAUCAUAAUGUUUCUUCAGUAGCCAUCAUGCCCAAUGGGGAUCAUAUAGUCUCUGCCUCGAGGGAUAAAACCAUCAAAAUGUGGGAAGUUCAAACAGGCUACUGCGUGAAGACUUUCACGGGGCAUAGAGAAUGGGUCCGCAUGGUGCGGCCUAACCAGGAUGGCACGCUGAUUGCCAGUAGUUCUAAUGACCAGACGGUGCGUGUUUGGGUGGUAGCAACAAAGGAGUGCAAAGCUGAACUCAGAGAACAUGAGCAUGUGGUAGAGUGCAUCUCUUGGGCUCCAGAGAGCUCUUACUCCACCAUAUCGGAAGCUACGGGAUCUGAGACUAAGAAGAGUGGCAAGCCUGGGCCUUUCCUGCUUUCUGGCUCUAGAGACAAGACCAUUAAGAUGUGGGACAUUAGUACUGGCAUGUGCCUUAUGACACUUGUGGGCCAUGAUAACUGGGUACGUGGCGUCCUGUUCCAUUCUGGGGGAAAAUUUAUUUUGAGCUGUGCUGAUGACAAGACCUUGCGUGUCUGGGACUACAAGAACAAAAGAUGCAUGAAGACUCUCAAUGCGCACGAACACUUUGUUACCUCGUUGGAUUUCCACAAGACAGCGCCCUUUGUGGUUACCGGCAGCGUAGAUCAAACAGUAAAAGUGUGGGAGUGCCGUUGAUUGAAUUCACACCUGGCCCACCCCCCUCUUUCCCUCCCCCUCUGGAUGCACUCGGAUACCAUGGUUACCCAUUGAGCUCUGUUUAAAAUAAAUAUUGUCCUUUCAUGUAAAUUAUUCUGGAUGUAGAUUGAGCUUAUUAAAUGUUACACACAAAGUAUUCAUGCAUGGUGAAUCCAAAUUGUAUACUGUAAAUUUACAUACGUUGUCUAGAAGUACCAUAGGUUUAAGGACAUGGGCUGGCAUUGGUCACAUCAGACCUGCGAAGGCAGAAGCUGGUUGGUUGAAUUAAGGGCACUUAAACCAGCACCACCACCAGCAGCAGCAAAAUCCCGUUCUGUGCUGGAUAAACUGAACACCCAUUCUCUUCUGUUGGGUGGUGCCUAUAACUAGUGACUCUCAUACGGAUUCUUUUUUUGGGGUGGGGGUGGGGAGGGCUCUUUCAAGAAACACGUAUCUCUGUAACAACAUCACUUAAGUGUGCUUAAGAAGUCUAAGGAUACUAGAUAAACAAGGCUGCAACUUAGAACCUUAUGUAAUUAAUGGAAACUAAUUAAAACUUCCAGUUUUUUCUCGUCAUGAUAUAUUUGCCAAAUCAAUAGGAUAUAUUUUUAUUUUGGCUUCCUAUCACGUUUAAAAAAGAAAAGAAAAGGUUGGUAUCCUUAUACUAACAAGCUGCAAUAUAGGAAGAGAAACCUUGGUAUGAUGUGAUGUGUAUUUUUUUUUUAAAGAAAUGGUUGUUGGAGUUCUAUUGCAUUCUAACACUUGGCGCUUAAUGCUUUCCAUGCAAAAUGUGUCUUAGGGAGUCUGUCGGUCUUGCUUGAACGUAGCUCUUAACUGGACGGUUGGACUUAAAUCUCCCAGUUGACUCCUGACAGUUCAGCUUUCUGUUGGCUUUGGUUGUGGUUUAUCAGGCUUGUGCGAUGUCCACAAUAUCUGAGGGUGUCAUCCUCUCUCCUCCCCUGCUUUCCCUGGUAGUUGGUGAGUGUGCAGCAAACAGGGUAAUAGUGGUGUGGUUCCCUCUCCUUUCAAGUUAGCAAAAAUGUCUGAAAGCAGGACAGGGAGCCAGAGGAUGGUCAGAUGUGAUGGGACAUGAGAGCAGAGUUCGCAGUGCUCAAAAAAAAAGCACUGUAGAAAGAAAGAAGGAAACAGGAGGAGGAGAACCACUUAUGCUAGCAGGUACUUUGCAAGCUUCUAGAUAACCUCACAACCGCAUGUUAAAUCCGCCUGCUGACAUGCAAAGCCUGCUCUUGUUACAGAGUUUUGAAGCCAGCUUCAGUAUGGAAGCUGCCCCCUUAAUUUGAAGAGCUCUAAAAGAAAGACCUCCCCAUUCAUCUUUUUUCCAAGGAGCAAGCAUCGUUCAAUCAGCUUUUUAUUGGUCACGUUCUGUUAUAGGCAUUUUUAAGUCCAGUCCUUCACGAACCAAGUCUGUUCCAAAAAUCCACGUAUUAGCCUGGACAAACUGCCGGUCUGACAAAUUUUAACACACUUGCUCUGUGGCUUUUAAAAGAACUGGCCCUUUUUUAAAAAAGCAACCAAAAAACCCCCACUUGUUUGGAGGGUUAGAUGCAUGUCAAUAGAAAUAAGGCUUAAUCACACAUUUUGGUUCUCCCGCAAGAAGGAUUUUUUGUGUGUUUGGCUUCUUUUUGGGAGCUGGGAAACCAAAAGCAGUGAAUGACUUGAAAGGGUGGGGAGUAAGUUAGGGUGCAAGUCCUGACUUCUGGAGAAUGCAGCUUUUUAGUGAGCAAGUUUCCCACAAGCCGAAUCGUACACAUUUUGAAGUCUUACCCUCAUUUUAAAACUGUUUUUGACAGGGAAUUCAUUGCUGUUUUUGCCUUUUUGAGAAUUUCUGAAUCUGUAGUGGGACAGUCAAAGCAAUGCUGGUUAGCAGUUGCAAAAUAAUUCUUGGCUGAGGUGUAGAAAUCCUGGUUCUUUUUAUUAUUAUUUAAGGGUUAAAGGUAAACUCUGCAUUUACAGAAUCUGUGAAACUAAGGCAUCUAUUAACACGGGAGCUUGACCACUAUUCCCCUGCACUCCUUUGAACAUAAUAAACGGUUUUAGGAUAUAAAAAGGAACCAUUUUGUAGCCUCUAGUAGUCACGAAACCUCCUUGGCGUUGAGUGACUUUAAACCUGUAAGCUACACGUCCAUUUAGCCAGUUUGCAAUAAUAGGCGAAUUACCAUGAGUGGUUGUACACUGCACCAGCAGUUACACCCCUGGUU